AUGGAAGUCGAAAACAAACAGAACGUCGUUGCUCUUGGAUCAAGGGACCCAACCACUACCGAUGUUGGUGACAUGUACGACGAAACCUCUGACAGUCUGACUGAUAUGUUGGGGGGAAAUAUCCAUGUCGGCUACUGGGAAGACCCGAACAAGUACGAAACACCAGAGGCAGCUGGUGACCGAAUGACGCGUGAGGUUGGCAACCGACUCUCUCUUGCCCAAGGGGAGCACAUCCUGGAUAUUGGCUGUGGCACCGGAAAAUCCACCGCACAAAUAGCCACCACCUUUGAUGUCCACGUCACCGGAAUCACCAUCAGCAAGCAGCAAGUUGAACUUGCCCAAUCUCAGUACACGGGAAAAUUACAGACUGGAGAAGUCGACUUCCAGUUUGCAGACGCGAUGGAGAUGCCGUUUGAGGACGCCUCUUUUGACGGCGCCUACGCCAUCGAAUCCAUCGUGCACAUGCUUGACAAACGCGCUGCCCUCGCACAGAUCGCCAAAGUGCUUCGUCCCGGCAGCCGACUGGUCAUUACCGACCUCGUUGCCGACCACCCAACCCCCGAUUCCCCGGUUUUGGCACACUAUGCCAACAUCUUUGAUCCCCCCUUGGUCUCAGUGGAUGACCUCCAAAAUCUCCUACGCCAGGAGGGCUUUAAGGUCAUUGAUGUUACCGACGUACGAGAUAACAUCCGGCCUACGAGCAAAUUGUUCGAAACAAAGGGUCUAUCUGUAGGGGGUGAGCUCGGGCAGAAGCUUCUUGAGUUUGCGUCCAUUCUAGAGCAAAUGAACGAGCUCGGAUAUGCAAUUAUCACCGCCGAGCGCCUCUAG